GUGCCACCUCACAUAUGGCCGUGAGUGUCUUUCCUCCAAGACUUGAGCACCUCCAGGGCAAAGUGGAGGCUGGUCUACCUGAGUAGGUCCAGCAGGUUGGCACAAGAGGACAGUUGACAGUGUCCUGUGGUCCAAGUGUGCUGGCGCAGCCAACAGGGGAGCGCUCCAGUCUCACGGCUCCUCCCUGGGUCAAGCCCUCCGGAACACCAAAGCCCCUGAAGACUGACAGCUGUUGGAGCAUCCACCUUGGCAGCUGGCUCACACCCUGCUGGUUAGCAUGGCUGCUGGGAAGGGUGCUGUGCGGAGCUCUUCAGCUGAAAACAGUUGGCGGCUUAGUGAAGCCGACCAUGGCAGGGGUUGCAAGCCAGUGCUGCUGGAGAAAACCAACCACCUGGGCUCUGAGGCUGCCACAGGUGGUGGGGGCCAGCAUGAGGCCUGUGCUGAGCUGGUGCUGUCAGCAACCCCAGGCAAACUCAGACUGGGAAAGCCAAUGGCCCAGAAGGUGUGCUGGGAACAGGGGCAGAGUGCCUUCACGGAGGUGCCUCGGCUCAAGAAGAGGCUGGAGGGUACACAGGCCAAGGAGAGGGAGCACGGUAACCCCACAGGACAGCCUGUCCCCCAGCAGCUGACACAGGAGAUCCCCAGGGAUCCAGCUGGCAGCAAGGUCUUCUCUUGGCCCAGCGGAGCCCAAGGGGAACCGAGAAGCGCCUUCAGCAAACCAGCCAGGUGUCCAACAGGGAGACCUGGGCCAACCUCUGUCUUCCAGGCAGAGGGACACGCAGAUGCCCUUGGGGAGCUGUUGGGACUCAUCAACACGGUAGAUGUCCCUUGUUGGGGUCAACUUUCAAAUUCUAAGUUUUUGGUGGGUGAUUUCUGGAACCUGCAAAUGUUGCCACAAAAUGUUCCCAUCUGCAGUGCUUUCAUGGGUGCCCCCACACUGUGGCUAAAGCAUGCCACUGGCCAGAUACCCACACCCUCAUCAUCCUCCUCUCCUGCCUCUUGGGCUCUGCUGCGACCCACGUUCACCUCCCUGGGCCUGUCCACCCAGAACUGGUGUGCAAAGUGCAACCUGUCCUUUCGCCUGACCUCCGACCUGGUCUUCCACAUGCGGUCCCACCACAAAAAGGAGCAUGCAGGGCCUGACCUACAUUCUAAGAAGCUGAGGGAAGAGGCCCUCACAUGUCCCAUUUGCCAUGAAUACUUCCGGGAGCGCCACCAUCUGUCUCGGCACAUGACUUCUCACAGUUAGCCGGUGACCGUGGAGCAAACCUGUAGGGGCAGCUUCUAAGAUUUGGCAAUGAGCCGGAGAUGGCUUGCCGGUAUUUCCUUUGAAAAAGCUGGUCAGAGUUGUCUGCAGGGCUGUCUGCAUUGGAGUUCAUACACGAACACCUUGGUCAUCAUUUGAAAAAGAGAGCCCUCAGCUGUGAUGUGUUUUGAUGGAAAUAAAGUCAUGCAAUAAAAUGAUAUGCUUUGUUAACCUAGGGCAUUGGGACUAUGAAGCAUGAA